AUCACAGAUAUUUAUGUUAAGUUAACUUGGUCACUAAUUUUAUUAGAUCGCUCGAUAGUGGGUUUGUUUCGAUUCGGAACAAGUUGAAUUGGUUUGAUAAUUUUGUGCAAUUGGCGGUUAUUUGUUGAAUUAGAGAGUGCGGCUUUGUAUUCGUUUAUUGUUGAUAAAAUAUUGCGCUUUAACGAGGCACCCGCCGCUCGUUUAUACGCAUCAAAUCGAUAAGAACAGAUAAAUUUAUCAUGAAGGAGCUUUUUAAUUUGUGGAAUAGAAUCUUGGGAAGCACAUACGAUGCAGUCAAUACCAACUCGAACGCGGAUCAAAGGAAAAAAUUCAAAGAAAAAGACGCGGAAGCGAACGCGACAAAACCAUCAACGCAAUAUAAAAGUGCCAUCAUAGUUGCCAUUUUAGGAUUAGUAGGAGUAUUGAUAGGGACAUUCAUAAAUGUAGCCAAUCCCUACGAUUUUCUCUUCAGAUGGAAAUUGAUAUUCGAAAGAGGAGGCGAAAUUUACGAAUUGUGGAGGGAACCCCCGGUUGAAUUGUACCUUAAAGUAUACCUGUGGAAUGUUACCAAUAGGGAAGAGUACUUGAAUGGAAUCGAUGAUAAAUUAAAGUUAGCCGAAGUUGGUCCGUAUGUUUACAGGGAACUUAUCAGUCACGAAAAUGUAACAUUCAACGAAAAUGGUACUUUAACAGCGGCCCCAAAGCAUCCAUUGAUCUGGGUCCCGGAGUUAUCAGAAGGAAGGAAAGAGGACGAUAUGUUAAUAUUGCCUAAUAUAGCUUUAUUGAGUAUAGCUGACGUCGUGUCUGAUUCAUCCUACUUCACGAGACUGGGUCUCAACAUUGUCAUCAGACAAACGGAAUCGUAUCCUCUAGUCGAAAUGACCGCGAAAGAAUUCAUGUUCGGAUACUCCAGCAAACUCUUAUCGCUAGGAAACCGAUUUCUAUCCAACUGGAUCUAUUUUGAGAAAUUAGGACUCAUUGAUAGAAUGUACGACUUCGAUGGAGACUACGAAACCGUCUACGACGGUCAAAAAUUCGGCUACAAAAACAUCGGAUUGAUAGAAAAAUACAAGGGAUCGACGAAAAUACCGCAAUGGGACAGCCCAUGCGGAGAUAUCACCGGAGCCUCCGACGGCACCAAAUUCCAAGGCUACAUCACGCCCAACGACAGUUUGCUGUUCUUCAGAAAGAGCAUGUGCAGGGCGAAGAAACUGAUAAGAGUCAACGAAACGAUAGCCAACGGUCUCAAAGCGUUCGUCUACAACUUCGAUCCGGACGCGGACGACAACGGCAUCGAGCAGGAAUCGAACAAGUGCUUCUGCAGGAAGAACACCAAGUGCAAACCGAAGGGUUUGCUGGACGUCCGCGACUGCUACUACGGCUUCCCCAUCGCCUUGAGUUAUCCCCAUUUCCUCGACGCCGAUAAACAUCUCUCUGCCAACGUCACCGGCAUGAAUCCCGAUCCCUCCAAGCACAAGACCUAUUUCAUCAUUCAACCGGAAUCUGGUCUUCCAAUAGAACUGGCUGUGAGGUAUCAAAUCAACAUGGAUUUGGGAAGUAUAAAAACCAUAGCGAAUUGCGAAAGAUUCGAAAACAUGGUGUUGCCAUUAUUGUGGACAGAAAUUCGAAUGGAUAAGCUCCCGGAGUUUUUGGGCGUUCGUUUCAGACUCUACCUCAACAUUCUACCGCUCAUAGAGAAAAGUAUGAUGUUCGGGUCGUUCGUAGGGGGCGUGCUGUUAUUCCUGCUUGCUCUCUACAAGUUCGUGAAGAUCAAAAAGGGUAGAGCUCAAGGGUUUACUGAUCCUUGGAUCGAAGACGCGUUGGUGUACAACAUUGAUAGGAAAUUGAGCAGCUACAUACCGGACAAGCGGGCUGUUAGUGCGAAGGAAAUGGAGGUGUACAGGGAGAGUUUGAUGCCUUUGAAUGCUUGAUGUAAAGAUGCGAAUGGAGGCGUCUUCCAGUGAGAUUUGCAAGAUACGUGGGUUUUUUUGUAGGAAUAUUUCGCCAGUGAUAUGUAACGCAGGGUGUGAGCUGAGUGGUGCUCAGUUAUCUACUUUGGUUAUAUCAUUCAAAUUUAACGUGAUACGAGGCCAUUUCGGUUUUUUAGUACUUACAUUUUAUUGUCAGGUGGAAUUAAUUUAGGUUAAUUAAUUUAUGUAAAUCGUACAGUUUCUUUGAAAGUAGAACUAUUUAUUUAUAGGAUGUAAUAAGCAAGAUAGAAGUCCGCUACAUUUGUUGAUUUUUUAACGGUUUCGCCACGUGAAAAAAUUUUCAUAAUCAAAUUGCAUAAAGUAUUAGUACACACAUCUAUAUUUCCAUUACAUAAAUCGGUACUAAAUAGUUUAAACGUGUUUUAACGUUGAUUUAAUUAAUUCAAUGUUUGUCGCAAUGUUAAAUAUGUGAUAUUAGUUUUUAAGAAAUAUUAAAUAUUUAUAGAAUACCCGUUCAAUUUGGUAAUACUUGCAUACCGAAUUUUAAUAAUUUUUAUAUGAUGAAUCGCAUUGUUAAUUAUCAUGUGUUUUAAUAUUGAUUAAGAGUAGGUAUUUGUAAGCAAGUUUAGUAAAAUAAAAAGGAACUAUUUAGAACUA